AUGGGUUUUCAUUGGUCUUUAGCUGCCAUUGCUGCUGGUUACCUUGUAGGUGAAUUUCUACGUGAAAUUCUUCGGCGACUACUCCCAAAAACGUACUACAUAUACGCCAACGAACUCAUCUCCACUUUUCAGUUGUCUGUUUGCGUCUUCGAGAUAUCAGUCAUCGGAAGAUUCUAUAACGUCUGGAUUGCACUGUUCUGUUCUUUUUGCCUGUUAACAUUAAAAAAUGCCGAAUACAUUUUCGAGGGAGCAUUCGCGAAUCCAUGUGGCCUUAUGGAAGACUUCGUGUACAAGAAAGGGUAUUGGAUAGCGGACAAUGUAACGAAAAUUGUAUUUCAACUUUUUGGCGCCCUUCUGAGCUUUCCGUUCAUUCAAAUGCUGUGGAAGUCAACGUGGAGUGAUCUACACCAUCAGCAAGUGAGGAAGGGUUUGCGAUCUACACUGGAAGUUUCUCUGUUGUACGGAAUUUCGAUCGAAAUUUUGGGCACGUUCGUGACGACAAUCAGUGACUUCUUGUCGCGUGGCGGACUCAAGAAGUUCAACCCUGUCAUUCGAUCGGCGUUGUGCGUCCUGGUUAGUUACUUUCUCGCCGAAACCACUGGAACAUGGAUGAAUCCAGCCCUGGCCACUGCUCAUUCGUUUGUGUUUUGCACGAAGAAGGAAGUAAUAUGGGAGCAUUUGUUCGUGUUUUGGCUCGGACCGAUUGUUGGGACGCUAGCCGCUAUCGAGGUAAACACGAGAUUAUUGAAGCCCGAGGACAAAAGAAAGAAGAAAAGCUUGGCGAAGAAGAUCAAAAAAUCUUCAGCAAAGAAUCAUAAAAAUGGAACACUGAAGCCUUCCUCGGAAAUGAAGAAAAGACACGCCAAAAACGCGUAA